AAUCAUACCUCAAUUUGUUCCGUGUUAUAGUGUCAUGUAUUUGAAUUUUGAUCGUUUCUGUUUCUAUUGUAUUAAAAGGAAUUUUGUCACUUGGUAUAUAUAUAAUUAUUAAUUUUACACUCUGCCUAAGAAUUUUUUCUGUUUCAAUUUUAUCUAUAAUAGAAAAUAGAAAUCCAAGUGACAACGCGAUUAUGCCUUGUGUGUGAUGCAUUAACUGUCGAUCUUGAAUUUUUGUAUAUGGAGGUCGUCGUCUCAAAACUGCUUUGAAUGUCAUUCUUGAAUGGCGAACACUUAACUUAACCGUCAAAAAAAAAAAAAAAAAAAGCAGCUGCUCUUAUCGAGCCAAAAAGUUUCGCAUAUCAAAAACGUUUUUGUUGUCAGUGUUUAUACAAUUGAUAGUCGUGAAAUUUUUAUUUAAAAAAAAAUAUUUAGACAAAUACCUUUCAUAGAAAAGAAAAAAAAAUUGGAUUAGUGUGGUGCGCGCGUGUAUAUACGAGAGAAUUGUCAAUCUCUUCUCCCAUAAUUAUUUCUCGAUUAUAUGGUGCUUUGUACUUAAAAAAAAAAAAAAAUUGUACAGAAAAAAGAGGAAAUUAAUCAUGGAAGGAGUUUGUAACAUUGAAACUGGGACCAGUAUAAACAUCAAGCGAACUGAUGGACGUAUUCAUUCCGCUAUAGUUUCUGGUGUUAAUUGGGACAUGAGGAGUGUCACUGUUGAAUGGUUUGAAAGAGGAGAAACCAAGGGGAAGGAGGUGGAGAUUGAUACAAUUCUUGCUCUUAAUCCAGAUUUGAAUGCAAAAAAUAUGGCCCCACCUGCUCAGGUCAAUGAUUAUAUGUUGGCAACAUCAAGAGCAAGGGACUCUUCUGAUGAAGACAAUGACGACGAUGGUCUCGAUGAUUUGGAAAAUCAAGAGGAAAUUACUAGAAAUGGACUGACUUCUGCAACGCUUCCUGUACGAGUCACGUCUCGACUUUCGCACUCAACAAGGGCCAGUAUCUCUGUGAAAGCUGGAAUAAAUAGAAGUAGACAACAGCAGCAGGCAAGUCGUCCAACAAAUAUAAUGCCUCAUGCUACAAAUGGACAUGGUGAAACGAUAUCGAAUUUAACGGGUCGUCGAGAAAUGGAAAAUAUACCACCAACACCAACAACAAAUCCAACAUUUAAUGUUUCUAAUGCAGCAUUAAAACAGCAGAAAAAAAAUCAACAACAACAAGCUCAACAACAGCAGCAACAACAACAACAGCAGCAGCAGCAACAACAGCAAACACAACAAUUAUCACAGGCUUUAGAAAAUGGUAGAAAUAGAAGAUCAAAUGUUGUUAAAGAAGUUGAGAGACUUAAGAAAAAUCGAGAGGAAAGGAGACAACGACAAGCUGAACUUAAAGAGGAAAAAGAAGCACUUAUGAAUUUAGAUGCUGGCAAUCCUAAUUGGGAAUUUUUAGCUAUGAUCAGAGAAUACCAAAACAGUAUAGACUUUAGACCAUUGCGUGAGACAGAUACUGUUGAGGAUCAUCAAAUAACAGUGUGCGUGAGAAAAAGACCAUUAAAUAAAAAAGAACAAAAUCGUAAGGAAGUUGACGUGAUAAGUGUACCAAGUAAAGAUCAAAUAGUUGUACAUGAACCAAAAGCAAAAGUUGAUUUAACAAAAUAUCUUGAAAAUCAAUUAUUUAGAUUUGAUUAUGCAUUCGAUGAGACAUGUACAAAUGAAGUUGUUUAUAAAUAUACAGCAAAACCACUUGUACAAACAAUAUUUGAAGGUGGUAUGGCAACAUGUUUUGCAUAUGGACAAACUGGUAGUGGAAAAACACAUACAAUGGGCGGUGAUUUUAAUGGUAAAACGCAAGAUUGUAAAAAAGGAAUUUACGCAAUGGUUACAAAGGAUGUUUUUAAAUAUCUUAAAUCACCAAAAUAUCGGCCACUUAAUUUAGUAAUAUCGGCAAGUUUCUUUGAAAUUUAUUCGGGCAAAGUAUUUGAUUUAUUGGCUGAUAAGGAAAAAUUGAGAGUUCUCGAAGAUGGAAAACAACAGGUUCAAAUAGUUGGUCUAACUGAGAAAGUAGUUGAAACCUGUGACGAAGUUUUAAAACUUAUUCAGCAUGGAAAUAAUGCUAGGACAAGUGGACAAACAAGUGCUAAUUCAAAUUCAUCGAGAUCACAUGCAGUUUUUCAAAUAAUAGCACGAACUCCAGGAAUGCAUAAAAUUCAUGGGAAAUUUUCUCUUAUUGAUUUAGCUGGAAAUGAAAGAGGAGCUGAUACAUCAUCCGCAAAUAGACAAACAAGAAUGGAAGGUGCUGAAAUCAACAAAUCUCUUUUAGCUUUAAAAGAAUGUAUUCGUGCUUUGGGACGUAAAGGAACACAUUUACCAUUCCGUGCAAGCAAAUUGACACAAGUUCUCAGAGAUAGUUUUAUUGGUGAAAAAUCGAAAACCUGCAUGAUUGCUAUGAUUAGUCCGGGUAUGAGUUCAUGUGAACAUUCAUUAAAUACAUUGCGUUAUGCAGAUCGUGUUAAAGAAUUGGCAGCUAAUGAUCCAACAGAAACGAAAAAUUCACCAUCCGAUGAUGAUCAACAGAAUGAACAUAAAUUAGAAGAGGAUCAUACAAAUAACAGUGUCUUAUCUGAUAGUGAUUUGGCUCAAUUACGAUCCCUCAAUGAGGGCGAAAUCUCUCAAGAUUUAUAUACAUUUCAUGAAGCAGUAUCGGCAUUGCAAUUACUUGAAGAAGAAGUUUUGGAUACACACAAAACCGUUAUUGACAGUACCAAUACUUUCAUAAAUGAUGCUCAUUCUGUAUUUUCUGUGACACAUGAAGUUGACUACGACCAAGAAGCUUAUGCAGAAAAAUGGGAACAGCUUUUAAUUCAACAAAGAGAUAAAUUAAAUGAUGCUUUAGAGCAAGUUAGUCGAUUUCGAGGUCAACUUUUGCAGGAAGAACAGAUUAGUCAGAAAAUGACACGUACGCGCAAUACACGUUACAAUUAAUUUAAAAAAAAAAAAAAAAAAAUACACACACAUAAUUUUUUUU